CUCAUUCGAAAACGGUGUGCCUGAAGUGAACAACGUUGUAUAAUGAGACGGCUCUGUAUAUUAGGAAUAAUAUUAAUUUUGGCAGCUGCAAUAACAUGUAGAGGGUUACUGAAGAAAGACAGGAAGAGGCGGCUGUUCCUCAGUCGUCAUGUGGUCACUGAGACCACGGAGUUCGAUGGAGGAGUGUUGGUGGACGCCGAGGGUGUCAUAGAGGGUGUCCUGUCCAGGGCCAUCAUUGAUGAUGUACUGAGUGAAGAACAUUCGCUGGAGAUUAUCGAUGGUGGAGACCUAGCUCUGAUGGCUGGCGCGAUAGACUCGCACGUGCACGUCAACGAGCCGGGCCGCACCUCAUGGGAGGGAUACGUCACCGCCACCAGGGCAGCGGCGGUCGGCGGGUUCACCACCAUCGUCGAUAUGCCACUGAACUCUAUACCGCCAACAACGACGCUGAAGAACUUUAGGACCAAGGCAUUUGCUGCCAGAGAGGAGGUGUAUGUAGAUGUCGCCUUCUGGGGCGGUGUUAUUCCUGACAAUGAGCCUGAGCUGCAGCAGCUAAUGGAGGCGGGAGUGGUCGGCUUCAAAGGGUUUCUGAUCGACAGCGGAGUUUCCGAGUUCCCCAACGUGAUGCCAGAUGAAUUGGAGAAGGUGUUCAACGUAUUGAACGGUACCGACACUGUUUUAGCGUUUCAUGCUGAGAAAGCCUUGAACAAUUCCGAAUCCUGUAGUUGCAAAGACCCAACUCUGUACAGCACAUACCUGGACACUCAUCCCCCGGAAAUGGAGUUGGAUGCGGUCUCGCUAGUGGCCAGCUAUAUCCCGUACUACGAUGUCCACGUCCACAUAGUGCACGUGUCCGCUGAGGGCGUCAUUCCUAUUCUCGAAGCAGCUCGGGCUAAGCGGAUCGCAGCCAACUCCAAGCGCUGGCGAGGCGGCGUCACCGCGGAGACCUGCCACCACUACCUCUCGCUGAGCUCGGAGCAGAUCCCGCCUGGACACACAGAGUACAAAUGCGCUCCACCGAUUAGGAACAUCACUAACAAGAAUAAACUCUGGCAGUACAUAAAGGAAAGAAGGAUAGACCUCAUAGCAUCUGACCACUCACCGACUGUGGUAGAAAACAAGACACCGAACUUCCUCACUGCCUGGGGCGGUGUUUCUUCAGUACAAUUUGGGUUGUCUCUAUUCUGGACCGAAGCGCGGGCUAGGGGCUACAAUCUGAGCACAGUCAGCCACUUCCUAUCAUCGGGUCCGGCACACCUCGCCGGCUUGCAAGACAAGAAGGGAGCUAUAAAACCCGGCCUUGACGCCGAUCUCAUUUACUUUGAUCCGAAUGCUUCAUUUAUUGUCACGCCUGAAAUCAUCGUGUACAAAAACAAGUUAAGCCCAUACAUGAACAGGGUUUUAACAGGUAAAGUCAUUCACACGUACCUGAGGGGGCAGCUGAUAUACUCAAACGGAGAAUUGGUAGAGCAACCAGCUGGAAAGCUACUAGUCAACGAAACAGUAUUAUUUGGAUUUUAGGAAGUUCUAAAAUUAGUGUUAAUUGAAUAAAGCCAUAGUAACCAGCAAAAGUGUAAGCCGGUAUUAGUGGCAUAACUUUGUACCUACUUUCUU